AUCACGUUCGACAACAGCGACAAGGCCGAGAGCCCUCUCGGCUACGAGCAGUACGACGAGAUCACCAUCACUCGACAGGUGGUGGUCGGUGGCAGGAACAAGUACGCCAUCAACGGCGUGAACGUGCAGAACAACCGGGUGCAGGACCUGUUCCGCUCGGUCAAGCUGAACGUCAACAAUCCUCACUUCCUCAUCAUGCAGGGCCGCAUUACCAAGGUCCUCAACAUGAAGCCGCCAGAGAUUUUGUCAAUGAUAGAAGAAGCAGCGGGAACAAGGCUGUAUGAAUCCAAGAAGCAGGUGGCCCAGAAGACUAUAGAGAAGAAUGCCAAGCUCAAAGAAAUCAAUGACAUCUUGGACGAAGAAAUCAACCCAACAAUGAAUAAGUUGAAAGAAGAGCGUUCCACGUAUUUGGAAUAUCAAAAGGUGGAGCGAGAAUACGAACAUCUGAGCAAAUUUUGCAUUGCAUUCAAGUUUGUCACCACGCAGGAGUCGUGCAAGAAGGCCGUAUCGGACGAGCAGGAUGUGCAAGCACUCCAUCGAUCAGGGUGCGGGGGCCAGAUCGAGCAGGGCCAGCAUGACAUCGGGCGAUACGAGGAGGACAUCGGGGCGGUGUCUGAGCCGGGUGUGAGCCGGGUGACGGGCCGACAGGACCGCGCGGCUGCUGGAGUGCAGAGGCAGCAGGAGAUGAGCCGACUGCGCGAUGUGUUCGACGCGCUGCAUGCCAAGUCGGCCAUCGCGGACUCGGAGACGGAGCGCAAGCAGGCGGACAUGAAGCUGAAGCACACCAAGCAGGAGCUGGCCAAGCGGCGCUCCGAGAUGAAGAAGACGGAGAGCGAGUACCGACGCGACUCGAGCCAGCUGCAGACGAUGGAGGGCCGACGCGGCCCGCCUCGAGGUCAGCCAGGCGGCUCUGCAGCACACCCGGCUGCACACCAGAGCACGGGAGACAUGAGUAGGCUGGCGACAGUGGCCACCAGAUUGGUGCUGAAGUCAAUGGGCCAGCUGCGGUACGACGAGACCAGGGUGGACGUGCUGGAGACGGAGCGUCGCGAGCUGAAGCAGGAGCUCAGCCGGCUGAAGGAGAAGCUGGACGUGCUGGAGUCACGGUACCCCCAGCUGGUGCUCGACUACCGGGACCCGGAGAAGGGCUUCGACCGCAGCACCGUUCGCGGCGUGGUGGGAAAGCUUUUCAACAUGAAGGACGUCGCCACGGCCACCGCCCUGGAGGUGACCGCCGGCGGCCGGUUGUACAACGUGGUGGUGGACACGGAGGUGGUGGGCAAAAAGCUGCUGGAAAGGGGACAGCUGCAGAAGCGCGUCACGUUUAUCCCGCUCAACAAGAUCUCCAGCUCCAGCAUCGACAUGCAGACUAUCCGACACGCUGAGAAAGUGGUGGGCAAGGAGAACGUGCGGACGGCGCUCUCCUGCAUCCAGCACGAGCCGCGCCUGCAGAAGGCCAUGGAGUGGGUGUUCGGCAACACGCUCAUCUGCAGCGACUUGGACGUGGCCAAGAGGGUGGCGUUCGACCCGCGCGUGCAGCGCCGCGCUGUGACGCUGGACGGUGACGUGGUGGACCCGGCCGGCACCCUGACGGGCGGCUCGCGCCAGGCGCGCUCCUCGGUGCUAGCCGAGCUGCACGCGCUGUCCGGCUGCCAGCAGCGGCUGCGCCAGCUGGAGCAGCGGCUGGCCGAGGUCGAGGCGGAGCUGUCGUCGCUGACGGAGAACGGCGACAGGUACGCGCAGCUGAAGCAGCAGCUGGAGCUGCAGGAGGUGCAGCGGCUGGAACAGCUGAUCGUGGAGCUGGAGGAAACGCAGUCGCGCUGUGCGGCGACCGAGGAGGGGCAGCGAGCGCGCGUCGCCCACCUGGAGGAACAGAUCCGAGAUCAGCAGGCUGUGCGAGAGCGCGAGCUGAACAGCGCCGAGGCCGAGGUCAAGGCUUGCAAGACACGGGCCGAGGAGACGCGCAAGGCCUGGCAGGAUCGGCAGCAGGAGGAGGAGCAGAUGCGCCUGGAGAUCGCCGACCUGGGCACCUCGGUGCAGUCGACUGAGGAGCAGAUCGCGGCGGCGGAGAUGGCGCUGUCGCAGUACGCCGAGCGACUGACCGAGGCUCAGACACAGCAGCAGGCUGCACAGGCGGCGCUUGCCCAGGCUCAGGCGGCCGUCAAGGCGCAAAAGGACGUGAUGAACGCCCAAAACAAGGAAAUCCAGCAGCUGGCCACGAAGAAGGAGAAAGUCAUCAGCGAUAACCGCGACCGCGAGCUUGAGAUUAAGCAGCUGGACCACAAGCUCAGCAAGGCCAGGAGUGACGCCAAGGACAUGCAAGAGCGGGUGAAGCGCAUGCUCUCGGACCACGAGUGGAUCGCCACCGACCAGCAGUUCUUCGGCCAACCCAACACCGCCUACGACUUCAAGGCCACCGACCCUGUGGAGGCCAGCAAGCGCAUCGUCAAGCUGGAAGAGGCUAGAUCCAAGCUGGGCAAGAACGUGAACAUGCGCGCCAUGAAGAUGCUUGGGAAAGCUGAGGAACAGUUCACCGACCUGAUGCGCAAGAAGCGGAUCGUGGAAAACGACAAGACCAAGAUCGAAACGGUGAUCCGCGAGCUGGACGAGAAGAAGAACGAGGCGCUGAAGCAGGCGUGGGAGCAGGUGAACCGCGACUUCGGCUCCAUCUUCGGCACCCUGCUGCCCGGCACCAGCGCUCGGCUGCAGCCGCCAGACGGCGCCUCAGUGCUCGACGGACUCGAGCAAAACGACUUCAGUCGGUGA